UUGAGAAGAGGAAAACAUUCACAGAGAUCCGACAGCUGAUCAACAGGUACGAGGCUGACGGCAGUCUGUAGAAUAAAAUGCACAGAUGACUGGAUCCCGCACCAAACCCUGUCGGAUGAUGAUCAGUGAAAUUGUCAUAGUGGGCCAUCCUGUUUCUGUGUGUGUACCUGUGGACCACAAGGUGACCCUGAGUGUCCGUGCUGAGGGCACAGGUAUCCUCCACUACCAGUGGUUCACUGAUGAUGAUCAGGAGGUGUGUGGAGGCACUAAUGCCGACCUGAUCAUCAAAGCCAAAAAAUCUCAGCUCUAUGUGUGUCGAGUGAAUGACCACUUUUGUAACUGGGUUUUCAGUGACUGGGUGAAAGUGAAGGUUUUGGACAUUGAUAAAUCAGGGUUGCCAGAAAACUGGAUGGGUGAACCACACAUUGCUGUCAACCCUAAACCCCAGACAGGCCGACAAGGCACAAAACUCAUUCUCCGCUGCGCUGCCUUUGGAAUUCCCGCUCCGCAGUAUCAGUGGUACAGAAAUGGACAGCCGCUGCAUGACAAGACCAGUGGCAUGCUGCAGAUUGACCGUGCAACAGCCGAACAUAGAGGAUCGUACCUGUGCUCCAUAUCUAACGUGCUAGAGGAGACAUGGACUGAACCAGUCGAUGUUGACAUUGUGCAAACCGAUCAGCUUCCCCCUGCAGCACCCACAGCCACUGAUAAAGUUGCCCUCCUUAUUGGCAACUUGAAUUACUCCAAUCACCCUCCCUUAAUGGCCCCUAUUAUGGAUGUACAUGAGUUGGCCAACCUCCUGCAGCAGCUUGGCUUCAGAGUGGUUUCCCUGCUGGAUCUCACCAGGGAGGAGAUGCUGGCGGCUAUCGACAAGUUCAUUCAGCUCCUUGACAGAGGAGUUUAUGGCCUUUUUUACUAUGCGGGACAUGGAUAUGAACGUGUUGGGAGGAAUUACUUGGUGGCUAUCGAUGCUCCCCAACCGUACCGACCUGAAAACUGUGUCUGUGUGCAGAGGAUCAUGCUCAGUAUGCAGAAAAGACGGACUGCACUGAGUGUAAUUCUUCUGGAUACCUGUAGAAAAUGGUACAACCAGGAUUGCAUACCUUCAGGCAUCGAGCCAUUGGGACCCAGUGGGAACACUGUUUAUGGUUAUGCCACGUGUGAAGAUGCUGAGGCGUACGAGGUCCAGGAUGGGGGGAAAAGUACUGGAAUCUUCACUAAAUACUUGAACAAGCACAUCCUACAGACCGAGAAAGUCACACAUGUCUUAGAGAAGGUGUCCGAGGAUCUAGGCAGAGACCCUCUGGUCACAGGCAAGCAGCAGGUGGAGAUCAAACACACCCUGAAGGAACCUCGAUCCCUUGCAGACCCAGUUCGCACCACCGGCCACACAAGGGAGCUUCACCUGCGAGAGGCCUGCUGGAGACAAGCAAAUGAGCUACCCCCGAAGAAGCGACUGAUGUUUGAAUGCGCAGUGGAAGUGGAAGUCAGCUUCUCAGCUUUGUUCUCUAAUGUCUUGGUGGCUUUUGCCACUGUUAAGACUAAAGGCACACAGGACUGCACCGUCACCCUGAGCAGCAUACCUCCAAUGGAAGACAUAUUCUCCAGCCCUGGGAGGUCAGAGGAGAUGGACACUCUACUAUUUAAUACAUCUGACAACCCGGACUGUACUCUGCGGCUUUGUGCUCUUCAAAAGCUCAAGAAAUCGCUGGUCAUCAAGGUGGACCUACACUAUACUCACAUGGACAGUAAGCUGCGCCAGACAGAAAGCCAACAGGUGGACAUAGGAACUCCUCUGGUUGCAUCCUGUAAACUGUACACGAGGAAUCAUGCAACAAAAGCCAAGAAACAAGAAGGUGCUUCUGCUCGAAGUUUGGGCAACAUGUCAAGCAGCAAACCACGUCUGCAUCAGACUCCGGCUGGUCCAAGUCGCCCCUUCACCAGAAAGGCAGAGUGUGCAGCUAAUGUUGCAGUACCAAGGAGCAACGAGCCCGAAGAGAACGACGAAAAUGAACUGGAGGACUUCAUUCAUCGGUAUUAGACCUUCCUGCUUAUAUUGUACAUACUAGUUUGAAAAAGUGAUGCUUUUUACUGAUGUGAUUAGGACUCAGUUUGCUGUUUAUGCAUCUUAAUCAUGCAUGGGGUUGAUGGUAAUGAUGAAUGUCUGAGGUUUGUGGUUGGUUUGCAUUACCAGCCAUCAAUUCGUAUCUUAACACUGAAGAAACAUUAACACUUAAUACUUUUCCUAACCACUGAUUUUCAUCGUGCAUUGUAAAAUACUUUUUUUUUUUUAAUUUGUUAUCAGUGGCGAGCUGGCAAGCCCAAUUUAACAAAUAAAGACUGUUACUGUUAAUAAUUUAUCUAAUAAAGACCACUACUUUAAUUAC